GCCCUUUCGGCCAUUUUGAGAACCCCGUCCUCGAAGCGUUGUUGUGAAUCCAAUAUGGCGAUAUUUGAUGUUGUGCUAUUUUAAAGAAGUGCACAUGUUUUCAUACAAAUGGGAGUUAAAUAGAAGAAUACAACGGUGCAAUAAAGAAGCGCCUAAUAAUUGAGUCACUAUUUGAAUACAUAGUGGAAAGAGCGUUGACUAUAAUGACGGACACGAGAAGAAGAGUAAAGCUGUACGCUUUGAACGCUGACCGGCAAUGGGACGACAGGGGCACAGGACACGUCUCCUCGUGUUACGUAGACAGACUCAAGGGCACGUCACUGCUUGUGAGGGCAGAGUCUGAUGGAUCUCUUCUUUUAGAAAGCAAAAUUCAACCAGACACAGCUUACCAGAAGCAACAAGACACACUAAUAGUAUGGUCAGAAGGUGACAAUUUCGAUUUAGCAUUAAGUUUUCAAGAAAAAGCUGGAUGUGAUGAAAUAUGGGAGAAGAUCUGCCAGGUGCAAGGAAAAGAUCCAUCAGUUGAAAUCACACAAGACAUUGUAGAAGAAUCAGAAGAUGAGCGUUUUGAUGAGAUGUCAGACAGCGUCCAACCUGUGGAACUUCCACCGUGUGAAAUGGGAAGAUUGGAAGAAAUAAGCGAGUUGGUCAACAGCUGCUUGGUCUCACCAGCUCGUAAAGACAAAUUGGCUGCUGCGCUAGAAACCCAGCACUAUAUAAAGAAAUUACUCAAUCUUUUCCAUAUGUGUGAAGACAUAGAAAACAUUGAAGGCUUACAUCAUCUCUAUGAGAUAUUCAAAAGCAUAUUCCUUCUCAAUAAAAACACUUUGUUUGACACAAUGUUUGCAGAUGACACUAUAUUCGAUGUUGUUGGCUGUCUGGAGUAUGACCCAAGUCUACCACAGCCCAAGAAACAUAGAGAAUAUCUACGGGAGCUAGCAAAAUUUAGAGAGGCCAUUCCUAUUAAAAAUCUGGAUUUGCUGGCAAAGAUACAUCAAACGUACAGAGUUCAAUACAUCCAGGACAUUGUAUUACCCACUCCCACAGUCUUCGAGGAUAAUCUGCUUAGCACAUUAUCUAGUUUUAUAUUUUUUAAUAAAGUAGAAAUAGUAAAACUUAUAGAAGAAGAUGAUAGAUUUCUGACAGAUUUGUUUAAGUUGCUAAUGGAUGAUAAGACACCAAACCCGAAGAGGAGAGAUUUAGUUUUAUUUUUAAAAGAGUUUUGUAAUUUUUCACAAAACCUUCAGCCGCAAGAUAAAGACGCGUUUUACAAAACGUUAGUUUCAUUGGGGAUCCUGCCAGCGUUAGAAAUUACAUUAGGUAUAGAUGACCAGAAGACCAAGACUGCGUCUAUAGAUAUAUUAACUUAUAUUGUGGAAUUCUCGCCCUCGGUAGUGAGGGACUACACGUUACAGCAAGCUAACAACACAGAAGAGGAGCACAUGCUGCUUAACAUAGUGAUAGAUCAGAUGCUUCGGGACCGUGACCCUGAACUCGGAGGUGCUGUGCAGCUGAUGGGGGUCUUACGUAUCCUUCUUGACCCGGAGAGCAUGCUAGCUUCGGUCAAUAAGAGUGAAAAAGCAGACUUCCUAAACUUUUUCUACAAACACAGUAUACAGACACUUAUAGCACCGUUACUACAGAACACAACGGGAGAGAAACCCCUCAGGGAAGACUACCAUACUGUGCAGCUACUGGGACUCGUCCUAGAAUUGCUCUCAUUCUGUGUCGAGCAUCACAGUUAUCACAUCAAAACUUGCAUAUUGAACAAGGAUCUCCUUCGCCGCAUACUGGUUCUUAUGCGAUCAACACACACCUUCCUAGUGCUGGGUGCUCUUAGAUUCAUGCGCAAGAUCACGGCGCUCAAGGACGAAUACUACAACCGGUACAUCAUCAAGGGAAAUCUCUUUGCGCCGGUCAUAGAUGCGUUCCUUAGAAAUAAUGGCAGGUAUAACCUACUCGACUCGGCUAUACUAGAAUUAUUCGAGUUUAUAAAACUGGAGGACAUCAAGUCGCUCUGUUCGCACGUUGUCGAGAACUACGGCAAGAUACUAGAAGACGUGGAAUAUGUACAGACGUUUAAAGCGUUGAAGACGCGAUAUGACCAGCAUCAGGAUAAACUAAAAGAGCGGGAUCGAGUGAGCGGCAGCGUCGGCGUCGCCGAGGCCGUGGUGCCGUCGCUGCUGCGCUCGCGCUACCGGCGCGAGGCGCGCGCGCCCGACGACGAGGAGGAGAUGUGGUUCAACGACGAGGACGAGCUGGACGACGACCCGCCGCUGGAGCCCCAGCAGCCGCAUCCGCAUCCGCAUCCGCACCACGCGCUCGACGCCAUCGGUAAAAUAGUAGAAAAGAAAGUGUGCACGAGUACAGAGAGCGCGAACGGGCCGAGCAGAGUUCUGCUCAACGCCUCGUCGCCCAAGCCGGCGCACACCGACGUUCAGGUAUCCGAGCCCAGAUUACUCGAUAAGGGCCUAGUCGACUACGACGGCGAUUCGGACGAGGAGGAAGAAGGCGCGGGCAGCGCCGGCGCCGAAGAGCGCGACGCCAAGCGGCCGCGCCUCGCGUAGUGCCGCA